AUGCCACCUGCCCUUGACCAUUCCCUGGCCAUAUGUAGGUUCUGUGUGUCACCUGCACUUGACCAUUCCCUGGCCAUAUGUAGGUUCUGUGUGCCACCGGCCAGGUGUGACAGCAGUAGUAAUGCUACAGGUGUGACUGGCAAUAGAAAUGAUGCAGGUGUGGCUGACAGUAUAAAUGGGAAUGCAGCAGGUGUGACUGACAGUAGACAUGGGAAUGCUGCAGAUGUGACUGACAGUAGGAAUGCUGCAGGUGUGACUGACAGUAUAAAUGAUGCAGGUGUGACUGACAGUAGAAAUGGGAAUGCAGCAGAUGUGACUGGCAGUAGAAAUGGAAAUGCAGCAGGUGUGGCGGACAGAAGAAAUGGGAAUUCUGCAGGUGUGGCUGACAGUAUAAAUGGUGCAGGUGUGGCUGACAGUUUAAAUGCUGCAGGUGUGACUGACAGUAUAAAUGCUGCAGGUGUGGCUGACAGUAUAAAUGCUGCAGGUGUGGCUGACAGUAUAAAUGCUGCAGGUGUGGCUGACAGUAUAAAUGCUGCAGGUGUGGCUGACAGUAUAAAUGCUGCAGGUGUGGCAGACAGUAUAAAUGCUGCAGGUGUGGCUGACAGUAUAAAUGCUGCAGGUGUGGCUGACAGUAUAAAUGCUGCAGGUGUGACUGACAGUAGAAAUGAUGCAGGUGUGACUGACAGUAGAAAUGCUGCAGGUAUGGUUGGCCGAGGGAAUGCUGCAGGUGUGCCUGACACUAGAAAUGAUGCAGGUGUGGCUGACAGUAGAAAUGCUGCAGCUGUGACUGGCAACAGAGGAAAUGCUACAGGUGUGACUGACAGUAGAAAUUAUGAAAGUUUGGCUGACAGUAGAAAUGCUGCAGGUGUGAUUGACAAUAGAAAUGCUGCAGAUGUUACUGACAAUAGGAAAGUUGCAGGUGUGGCUGACAGUAGAAAUGCUGCAGGUCUGACUGACAGUAGAAAUGUUGCAGGUGUGACAGCAAAUAGAAAUGGAAAUGCUGCAGAUGUGACUGCCAGUAGAAAUGGGAAUUCUACAGGUGUGACUGACAGUAGGAAUGCGGCAGGUGUGAUUGACAGUAGAAAUGCUGCAGGUGUGACUGCCAGUAGAAAUGGGAAUGCUGCAGGUGUGACUGACAGUAGAAAUAUUGCAGGUGUGACUGGCAGUAGAAAUGCUGCAGGUGUGACUGACAAUGGAAAUGAGAAUGCUGCAGGUGUGACUGACAGUAGAAAUGCUACAGGUGGGACUGACGAUAGAAAUGCUGCAGAUGUUACUGACAGUAGGAAUGAUGCAGGUGUGACUAACAUUAGGAAUGCUGCAGAUAUGACUGACAGUAGAAAUGGGAAUGCUGCAGGUGUGACUGACAGUAGCAAUGCUGCAGGUUUGGCCGACAGUAGAAAUGGGAAUGCUGCAGGUGUGACUGACAGUAGAAAUGCUGCAGGUGUGACUGCCAGUAGAAAUGGGAAUGCUGCAGGUGUGACUGACAGUAGAAAUGAUGCAGUUGUGACUGGCAGUAGAAAUGUCCAUAUUGUUAUCAAAGAUCGUACAGUACGAUUGUUAACUUUCCAAGUAGUGAUAAUAUUAUCUCAGAACAAUUUUUGUAUGGUAACGUAA